AAAGAAAAGAAAAGAAAAAAAAGCCAAUCACUCGAGAGUCUCCCAAGAGGGGUUGGUAGUUGGAGCGAACCAACCGUAGAACCCAUCCUACUUUCUUCUCCUUGCCCAGUGGGAGUCUCCUGAUACAGCUUUCAUGCCUGCAACUCCCUGGCGGUAAAUCUCUCUCUCUCUCAAAUAUAAACACGAAAGAAGAAAGAAUUUGGACUUGUGGCGGACAUGAAUUUGGUCAAGCAAAAGCCGUCUUUGAACUUUGAAGUGCCUAUUUUGCAAGUUGAUUACUAAACUUUUGUUAGUCUCAAUCUUUUAGAAACCCAGUGAUUCAACCAUUUUUGACCAGAUCAACUCACCAGGUUUUGGAAUGCAAUCGAGAGAAAAGAAAAAAAAAGGGUUUUGCCUUCAAGUCACCCAUCCAUAUUCUCAGGCUUCUCAUGUUGUUCUUUUUAAGUUUUAUGAAUUCUUUGAUUUUCUCAAUUGGGAUUUUUGGCAGUAAUGUUCGAUUAGUCUCUUAAGCUUCUGCACAUUAUUUGGGGUACUACUGAUCAAAGAUGACACCAAAGAGGCCUCGUCUACGUACUUUAUUCUCCUGCAACGACAACAACCGGGCCAGAAUAUCCAGAAGAACAUUAACUACAUAUCCUCUCCAUGCUGAAACUCUGAGCUUAAAUUCAUCAUCACCAGCCGAAGAACACAUGGCUCAUUGUUUAGCUUUAGCAGAGCGGCUUAAUAGGCGAGGCCUGGUUUCUGCUGCACAGGGAGUCCUUGAGCGCAUCGUCAAGCAUUCGAUGUCGAAGCAACCUGUAAUCGACACUAUCGAAUUUGCGCUUUUGCGUGGAUUGCAGUUUAAUACACAAAGCUAUAGCUUGAUUUUGCAGAAGUUCCUGUGCUUUGGUCAGCCUCAAUUAGCUGCAGAGUUUUUCAUUGAGAACAUCACAACCAGAGGUAUUGUUCCCACACCAUCAAUGCUAAACUCGAUGAUUAUAUGUUACUGCAGGAUAGGAGAAUUAGCGGAUGCAAUUAUACAUUUUGACCAACUCAUUCGGAUGGGUAAUUUCCCUGACAAGAUAGCUUGCAGUUUGUUGCUUCGUGAGUUCUGCAUACAGGGCAGAUUAUUGGAGGCAUUUGAUCUUUAUGUCCGAAUGUUUCGGUCUGGGGAACAUCCUCCCUGGUGGUGUUAUAAUCUUCUCGUUGAUGGGUUGUGCUUUGAGGGAAAGUUAGAUGAAGCCCUCCAAGUGUUCUACUUAAUGCUUCAGUCAGGAACUCGUCCCAUAGUUCGUUUGUACAAAUCAUUGCUGUAUGCUUUCUGUAAGAGUGGUCAAUUUGAGGAGGGGGAAUUCCUAUGCAGAGAAAUGACGCUGCAAGGCCUCCGUCCAGAUUGUAAGAUGUACACUUCUCUUAUUAAAGGUUAUUGCGAAAAAGGGGAUAUUGAGAUGGCUAAGGGUCUUUUUCGAAGAAUGCAGGACACAGGUUGUGAACUUGAUAUUUAUGCUUACAAUACAUUAAUUUCUGGACUUGUUAGGUUAGUUGAUGUUGAUUCUGCAAGGGUGCUCUAUGAACAGAUGAAGGGAAGUGGAUUGGAACCUAAUUUGGUAACAUGCAACAUCUUGAUUAGUGGAUACUGCAAGGAGCGGAAGCUAGAUUGUGCGAUGACCCUUUUUAACAACAUGCAAGUAGCCCCCAAUGUGCAUUGCUAUACAUGCUUAAUAUCUGCCUUGUAUAAGGAGAAACGGUUUGCAGAUGCAGAUGAAUUGUUUAAUAGGAUGCUGGAUGGUGGCAUCGCUCCUGAUCAUGCGUUGUUCUUGUUUUUAAUCAAGGGGGGCCCAAAUGGCCGUGAACUUGAUCUGGCUUUCACGAUUUUGAAAGCAAUGGUGAACAAUGAUUGUAAUAUUGAUAUUGAUCUGUUUUCAAGCUCUUCUUCUUCUGGUCCAAGCAAGGGUUUGGAGGAUAAUAUUGAGCUUAUAUUUAGUUGGAUAUUGACGAGCAGCAUGUUUCCUUCCAAUGUGGGCUUUGGCAUUCUCAUAAGUGCCUUGUGUGCAGUGGGGAAAACUGAUCUUGCAUUGUUGUUCAUGGAUAAGAUGGUCAGUUGUGGAUGCAAGCCUUUGCUUUCUACUUACAAUUCCUUGAUCAAAUAUCUUUUGCAGGAGGGCGCGGUUGAGGAUGUGCAGUCCCUCAAAAGCCUCAUGCAGGAUCAGGGCGUAUCUCCUAACCUAGAUACUUAUUUGAUUAUGGUGAAUGAACACUGCAAGCUUGGAGAUUUGUCGUCCGCUUUUGAGAUUGUGGAGCAAAUGGAUGAGAAGGGACUGACUCCUAGCGUUGCUAUUUAUGACUCUAUUAUUAGUUUUUUAUGCAAAGAGAAAAGAUUGGUGGAGGCUGAGAUUGUUUUCAUGGGAAUGCUUGAUGCUGGUGUGGUUCCAGAUGAACCUGUCUUUAGGACCCUGAUUAAUGGCUACUCUAAGAGUGGAAGAGCAAUUGAUGCUUGUCGUUGGUUUGACAGAAUGAUAAUAGAGUUUGGUAUUCAACCUAGUUCUCAUUCGUACACUGCACUAAUAAAUGGCCUUAUCAAGAAAAACAUGACUGUGAAGGCAUGUCUAUAUCUUGGUAAAAUGUUAAAAGAUGGUUUUGUGCCAAAUACAGUGCUUUACACCUCUCUAAUCAAGCACUUUUGCAGAAAAGGAGAGGUUGGCUUUGCUCUUAGCUUGUUCAAUCUCAUGGAUAGAAACAAUAUUGAACCUGAUAUGAUCACGUAUCUUUCAUUGAUCAGUGGUAUUUGCAGAAACAUCUCAUUUAGGGGUAGAAGAUGUGCUCUAAAUAGAAGGUUCCAAAUAUCGAUGGGCAGUUUGUACGGUUUACUUGAUCAAAAAUCCCUAUUGCCAAGAGAUUUUUGCAAUUCCUUUGAAGAAAUAAAUUAUGCAGCAUUAGCAUUGAAACUAAUACAAAGGAUGAAAGUAAUUGGGCUAGUUCCCAAUUUGUACCACUAUAAUGGAGUCAUAACAGGUCUUUGUCGGGCAGGUAGCAUGCAAUAUGCAUAUGAUCAGCUUGAGUUGAUGCAGAAAGAUGGUGUGAGACCCAAUCAGGUGACUUACACCAUAUUAAUUGAUGGACAUAUCAGAUCUUGUCAGAUGAAUCAUGCUAUAAAACUAUUCAAUGCGAUGAAUGCCGAUGGUGUUGUUCCAGAUAACAUCACAUAUAACACGAUGAUUAAAGGUCUUUGUAGGGCAGGAAGAGUACUUGAUGCUUUAGCAUUGUCUUUUUCAAUGCAUAAGAGGGGCUUUCUACCAAGCCAUAUUUCCUACGUGAAACUAGUAUACCAUCUUUGUCUCAGUAGUUUGAGCAAUCUGGCCUUCAAAGUGUUUGAGGAAAUGUUUAUCCAUGGUUAUGUACCUUCCCAUUUUUAUUGUAACUGGUUUCUUUGUGUUCUAAAUGAAGAGAACAAACUGCAUGAGGCUUAUAAGGUGUUUGAUAUGAUGCUUAAGAGAGGGAGAAAUCCAGAUGAAAGAGUAUGGAGAGAGUUUGUUGAAACAUGUUAUGGGCAAGGGGAAUCUGACUUGACUACCAUGAUUGAGGAAAAUUGCUCAUGGAGACAAGUGCUACCUUAUCAUAGAUGGCGCAAGACUUCCUCAAGGAUUGGUGUCAUGCGCGUCUAUUGGGGUAGCAUGCAAUAUGCAUAUGAUCAGCUUGAGUUGAUGCAGAAAGAUGGUGUGAGACGCAAUCAGAUAACAUCUCUUAUACCACGAUGUUUAAAGGUCUACGUUGGGCAGGAAGAGUACUUGAGGCUUUAGCAUUGUCUUUGUACCAUGCCAUUUUUCCUAUGUGAAACUGAGCAAACUGCAUGAGGCUAAUGAGGUGUUUGUUGUGACGCGUAAGAGAGGGAGAAAUCCAGAUGAAAGAGUAUGGAGAGUGUUUGUUGAAACAUGUUAUAGUCAUGGGAAUCUGACUUGACUACUUUAUCAUAUAUGGUGCAAGACUUCCUCAAGGAUUGGUGUAAUGCACUUGUAUUGGGUAAAUUAUCAAUUCCUUAUUUAUGACCACUUUAUUUAUUACUCUCCUGUGUUUUCUAGCUGAUUUUAUUGUAUUUAUAUAUAAUUAGAGUCAGAGUUGACGUGACUAGAAUAUUUCCAUGGUUGAUAAGUGCAUAAUGAAUUGUGUUUAUGCAAUUUACUUAGAUUCUUUUCAUGUGCCUUAGUAUUCUUUGUGAUUUGUGAUUAAUAGACGGAAAGGUAUGAAGCUUCUGUAUCAACCAAAAUAAUGUGGAUUUAGGAGAUGUCUCGAAGAGAUCCAAGAGAUGUUGUAUACACUUUAUAUAUAUGAAUGGAUCCAUGCAAUGGAAGUGUUUUAACCAUGAUAAACCAUAAACAGGCGAUAAAUAGAUGAUAUUAUUAACAAAACAUAUUUGUAUGUGUCAAGAGGAUUCAAACCCCUUUUGCCAAAUCACCAAGGGCAUGAUGACAUUCUUACUUAGUACACGAAUGAUAUAAUACUUUAUUGAUAAAUUUCUUAGUUCUGAUCAUUUGAAUAUAAAUCCAAGCCAAAAGAUCCAUAUUUAUGCAUUUUUUUCUAAUUUCCAAACAACGCAUAAAAAUUAGAAGGGGGGUUUGGCGUAAUUUACAUAAAAGAGUGGGGGUUUAAAACUGAAAUAUUUGAGUUUCUCCUCUCCCACUUAAUAUUAAUUUCAUAUAGGGUCUUUUGUGUAAAAUAAGUUUAGUGGAAAUUUCUAAGGAUGAGAACAAUUCUGAACCAUUAGGAGAGGAUAGAAUAAAUUCUAGGAGGAAUAGGUACUGAAUGUUGAAGGGAGGGACUCUUCUGAAAUUUUUGUUUCAGAAUCAGGGUUGUUUGGUAAAGGAACUGUAAGAAGAGGGAUGCUUAGACAAAUUAGAAGAAAUUCUUUCCUUGUUUGUAGGAAACAGAAUUUGUCUUCUUCAACCUCUUGAUAGUUAGACUCAAACGAGGAUAAAACAAGAGGAAGAAGAGAAGUUCAAUAACAGUGAAAUAGACCCGUGAAUCUGACUAUAUUUUGCAUUCCAAUACACUAAUUCUUGGUUGUUUUCUCCUCUAUUCCCAUCCAUCAUCAUGAAACCCACAAAUCAGAAAAAUCCAAGCAAAAAAAAGUUGAGUAUAUACCUUCUCUUGCGGGUUUAGGAUUUUGAUACUGUUGUAAUCAUGGAAGUAAUAUGGGUAUAAGGGUAAAUCAAUCCAUAGGGAUAUAAUUGUACUCAAGGAUUAAAGUAUCGGUCUUGGUCGCUGUAUCGGUCACCCAAAAUUAAGAUACGUAUCAGAACGUAUCGUAUCGGAGAUACGCACAUAAAUGAUAUGUUCCAUUCAACUAUUGGUAUCGGCUAGGUAUUGGAAUUGGGAACAUGCAAAAUCAAUAUAGAUCACUUGUAUUUGAUACCGACACUUAGAACCAUGGUUUGAGAGUGUAAUUUACGUCGGUAGCAAGCACCUAAUGAAUAACCAAACUGGUGGUUGCUGAAGACAAGAUGAAGGGCUUGGGAAGAUUGUCUUGGUGUUGGUGAACUUCUUUGCUAAUAUAUAUACUCAACUUAGCGAAGCCUUUUCCCAACCAAAUGGGUUCAGCUACAUCAAUUCUGUAUCACCAUUCAACUCUGGUUGGAGCCUUGAUGAACCUCCAUGUCUCUCCCAAAAUCAAUACUAAAACGUGGAGAGCAUGAACCAGGGAAGACUUUUUAGAGAUAAUGCUCUGAAGAAGUAAAAUUUGUGAUUCUUGAAAUGGAAAGAAAUUCUGAUCUUUUUCCUUGUAGUUUCGUGAUGGCAAUCUUUCUAUAUUAUUGGGAUAUUAUGAAAAAUGACAUAUUGUCCUUACGACGCUCUUUCAAGUUGGCCUUUGAAUGGAUCUCUUGGUGGAACAUGGUUGGUCCCCUGAUGCUAUAGGGAUUUUGGGUGCUGUAAAUUGUUCAUGCUUGCUACUAGUGUAUAUUCAGCGUAUCUUGUUUUCUACUAAUUUUGAUGGUAGAUGGCUCAUUUCCAAGCCCUCCGGGUAUGCCACUCUUGUUUAAAGUGAAUCCAUUCAUUGUUUGGGUUGGUUGAUCUGUUAUCAUGUUAGCUAGACUUUCAAGUGCAUAUGUGGUGUGUGAUGGGAGCAGAACAGUCUUGAAAUGGGGCUUAUGAACAUGGAGGCCUCGAGGCCGAGACAUUUACUUCUUCAAAGAAUGGUUCCGAACACUGCUAUUUGGUUUGCGACUCACGUCUAAGGCCCACGGUCAAUGGUUUAAGAGGACAUCCAUGGCCGGAAUGGAGCCUCUUCUUCGAUGCAUUAAGAAUUAAUGGCUAUUUUGCUGCUGGGAACACUAUGAGCGACUGUAUACCCAGCGGCUGGGUAACGUAUCAAAUAUUAUGGCCCGCUGAAGUUUGCCUACUUGAGUUUUGCUCGGGAGAGGUUUUACCUCCUUAUGUAAUCUCUAUUUCCUGAAAUGAAGUUUAUGGAUGGGGUAGAAAAGUCAAAAGAGUCUGAGUCACAUGAUACCCUAGCGGGUUUUCGGGCAAGUAUAUUACUAAUUAUCUACCCAAUGUUUUCUGUUGCAGGUAUUACCUGAAAAAGACAUCAAAACUCUUGUUCAGAGUUCCUGCCUUGUUACAUACGGGCUAGUCAAUGAUUCGGCGAAGAAAUUAAGAGUGUUCGUCAAACUUGAUGAAGAGAUGGCUUGCAAUUCCUAUUUUGCUAUGCGAUACUGCAAUAGAGCCUAUGCUAUUUUGAAGAAGUGAGACGACCUUGCAUCUACGGUUGACGUUCGUAAUAUUCCAUUAUGGGAUACAUCCACUGAAGUUCAGGAAGAUCCCAAUGAUUAUGGCACGAGUUGAAGAUCCAGCCCAGAGGCUGUUGUCUAAGUUGACUGAACUUAUAGACUCACCCCGAGAUCCUUCAAUCCUGAACAGGGAUUGGGUAUGUCCCAAGUGUGGAAAUUACAGUUAUGCCAAAAAUAUCCACUGUAAGUUGUGCCAUGAGGCACGGCCUACAUUACUGCUGAUCGGUGGAGAGUGGGAGUGCCCAAUCUGCAGGUACUUCAGCUUUUCACGAAAUUUAUGGUGCCGGAAGUGCGAAUCAUUUCGACCAGAUUUAUCACCUAUCUCUGGGAAAUGGAAAUGCCCACUGUGUGGUUCCGUUAAUUUUGGGAGAAAUAAGCCAUGCUUCAAGUGUGGAAAUUAGUUCUAGAUUGGUGAAAAAUGUGGGUGUGAUCCUUAACAAGUCUCUGGCAAACACUUGUAAGAGAAAGAUUACAAUUGGGUCAAUUUUAAGUUUUGACAAACUUCAGUUACGUUUUUGUUGUUGACUCUUGAUUUACUCUGAGAAUUGGCUUUUUCUGUAGUAAUUUUGUUUUAUGUGGAGGGGUAUUAUUCUGUUUUUGUGAUUUACAUGCACCUAAGCCCAAGUUACUUAUGUGAUUGAUUGUUUUUCAUUUCAUUAGCUGUGCCAUUCCUGGAAAUUGACCAAAUGAUGAGUUCCCAUUUCUGGUUUCA